AAAAUGUUUUACAGAUUUAAAGGAAAAAUUUGUUUCGCCGGCUGAAACACGCAAUAAAUGGCGUUAAUACGUUGCUGCUUCGAGCCAGUUGAGCUGCCAGAAUUUUUCGACACAUUUGUACAGAAAUGCACCGAUCCAACAUGUUGCUGCGGCUGUUGCUCGGCGCUUCGUCCGCGCUACAAACGACUGGUGGAUAAUAUUUUUCCCGUAAAUCCCGAAGAUGGUCUUGUCAAAUCCAACAUGGAGAAGCUAACAUUCUAUUCAUUAAGUUCACCAGAUAAGCUAGAUCGAAUUGGUGAAUAUCUUUAUCAGAAAGCAAGCAAAGACAUAAAUCGCAAGCGUUAUAAAUUUGUAGAAAUUGCUAUGGAGGCGAUGGAUUUACUUCUGCAAGCGUGUCAUGCACAAACAACGUUGAACUUAUUUGUGGAAUCAUUUUUGCGUAUGGUACAGAAAUUACUGGAGGAUACCAAUCCUAAUCUGCAAAUAAUGGCAACAAAUUCGUUUGUAAAGUUUGCAAAUAUAAAUGAGGACACACCAUCGUACCAUCGUCGCUAUGACUUCUUUAUAUCAAAGUUCUCGGCCAUGUGUCACGGUAACCAUGACAAUAUCGAACUGCGAGAUAGUAUACGUUUAGCUGGUAUUAAGGGACUGCAAGGUGUAAUACGAAAGACCGUUUCCGAUGACUUGGUAGAGAAUAUUUGGGACAAGGUGCAUAUGGAAAAAAUUGUACCAUCGCUGUUGUUCAAUAUGCAGUCGGGUAAUUUAACACCUGUGGAAGAUGCUACACAUGUUACACCACCAGUUCUGGCCGAAGAAGUAUUACGCGAAUUGGUUGGGCGCGCAUCUUUUGGCCAUAUUCGAAGUGUACUCAAACCACUACUUACCCAUCUAGACCGACAUGAGUUAUGGGUCCCAAAUACUUUCGCUAUACACACAUUUCGAAUUGUGAUGAUUUCCAUACAGCCGCAGUACUCAUACACAGUAGUAGAGACGCUGAUGCAACACUUGGACAACAAUUUCAAAUCCUCACCGAAAACACGCACUUCACUGGCUGUAGUGCUCUCUAAGAUAAUCGCUAUUGCCGCUGGCGAAAGUGUUGGCCCUUCUGCAUUAGAUAUUAUUAAUAAUUUGCUUACCCAUUUGCGUACCAGCGUUAGCACAACGACCGAAAUUACCACCGAAGAAUCUCAGUACCAAGAAGCACUCAUAAAUGCACUCGGUGAAUUUGCAAAUCAUCAUCCAGACUACCAGAAAAUAGAAAUAAUGCUGUUUAUUAUGAAUACGGUGCCAGAUCUUUCAAAGAAAAGCAAAGGCGAUCAAAUGCUUCAGAAUAUACUUUUAAAAUCGCUCCUGAAGGUGGGCACCCAGUACAGCACGGUUUCAUUCGAAAAGGCGUUUCCAGCUUCAUUUCUACAACCCUUACUGAAGAUGGCACGUGCACCGCAUGAUCCAACGCGUGUUAUCGUCAUGCAGAUCUUCCAGGCGCUACUUGAUCGUCACCAAAACGAAAAGGUGCUUAGUCACGUGACUGUCAAGACUUACCCGGCAUUGUCACAAGAGCCACCAUCGCGCUCUGAUAUAAUUUUCACGCAUAAAUACGGUGCUAAUAUAAUGCAGGCACUAAUCGAUAGCAUGGCUCUAUCUGAUCGGGUUGAAUCGCUUAUAUCCAGCUAUAACACAGCAGCUUUACUUAUAGUCGAAAUGGCGUGCGGAGAGACCGUACAAGAAUUUUUGUUAUUCAUUCUCGGAAUUCAACAGGUCGCUCUUACAGCUGAUUUGGAAUUAGAAACAGUACACAAAUGCAAUUUGCACUGUAUUGCAAUCGCUUUGAUGUCUUUGAUUUCUCGCGUUACAGGCGUUAAUAACUUGCUCGAAUACACCCAAAAGAUAAUCGAUGCCAGAAAGGAGGAGGCUCCAUAUUUCUUGCCGCCCUUACUUGACCCCAAGAAGACUACAACUACGAAAAUGAAUUUAUAUCUACCACACUUGGCAAUUGAUAAAAUAGCUCUAGCCGAAAAUCUUCAAAAUGCUGGCAUGGACUCCAAUCGCCUACAAACCGGCACUCCGUAUGCUCUGAAUCAAAGCGAUAAUCCUGCGCACCGACAUUCUUGGGUUGACACAGUCAGCAACCCACAGUUACCUCAGCGCAAUAGCUCUGCAGACUUGACGGCAUACAAUGCUGAUGGUGAUAGUGUUACCAGUUCACCGGGUGUCUCAAAGAAAACACUUGCACCAGAAUACAAUUUUGAAGCCAUGAAACGGGCAUUGGCAGAACCAUCAGACGCGAUGAAGCGCGAGCAGCGAGAGAAACAAUUGCAGAUUGUCCGCACAUUCCGAGAGGAUAAGUUUGAGGAUUUAGUACGACGCACUGAACCCAAACAUGAUCUUAUUCAAAAUCGACUAAACGAUCUUUUCAACUCAUUGGCAGUGGAGCGUCAGAUAACGCAAAGCGACAUCAAAAUACAACAGCUGCAAGCAGAAAAACCUGUUUAUGAGACCAAUUUUCCUGAGUUGUUCUAUUACUAAAUCAUUAAAGGAAUUAUAUUUAUCUUGAAAAAAAGUAAGCAACCGAUAAACCCUUUCUGCUCGAAUGACAAAUUAUUAAUUGUUAAAGCUGCGUAGCGAUAAAAUGCGAAGUCUAUUACUUGCGUACAGAUGUAUGCAAAUCGGCGUAAUUAAUAUAAACGCGUGGAGUGAAUUUCUAGUUAGUCAUUGAAUAAACGAAGAAAGUAUUAAACACUUGCACAUUGUAUACAUUGUGCCUAUGUAAAAGUAGGUGUAAUUUUUCCACGCUUUAAUUACUAAAUUGAGACACAGUAAGAUAGUUGAAAGUAACUUUACUGAUAGCCCGCGUAAAACUUAUUAUGAGUAUUCAUGGAAACACGUAAAUGCCUCGUAAGCGCGUAAACCUCGUAAAUAAACCGAUUUUCCAUACAAAAUUAAGUAAGAUGUGUACAAGUUGGUUUUGUUUGUCAAAUCCACACUACCUUUAUUUGAAUAUUCAUAUUCUAAUCUACCUAUGCUAUUUCUUAACUAUAUUUCUUAUUUUCUAAUUUCUUAAAGCUAAAUUGUUGACGCUGCAUUUCUAAGUACUUUACUAAGUACAUGCAUUCGUUCCCACGUUUCUGCAUUUGCUGCUGCUGCUGCCGCUAUUGUUGCUGGUUUCAAGUGUGUGGAAGCAAAUUCCACUACAUAUGUUAACUACCCUCCCCUUCAAAUGCGGUUGCCCUCACACACAAUUGCUUCCAAGCGGGCUCUAAUAUCUUCUCUGCUUUUGGCAAUGUCCAUCGUUGACAAAUUAUGUUGAGGCUGGUCA